AUGUGGAGGCGGCGGCGGGUAGUUUGCGAGGAGAACGGCGCGGCGCUGUGCUUCCCCCGCGAAUGUACGAGCGGCGGCGACGAUGCCUACCUGGAGAUUGCACGAGGGCCUGGACCUGACGCCGGGCGCCCGGCGCGCGCUGCAGCCUGGGCGGCGGAGCUGGGCGGCGCGGUGCGGCGGCGUGGGCGUGGCCCGGCGCGGCGGCGGGGGCGUGGCACUGGGACCUGGGCGUGCGCCGUGGCGCGCGCGCCUCGCCAGCCCCCGUUCCCGAGUACGGCCACCGCCCUCGCCGACCCCGCGCGCCCGCCCUGGUUCACCUCGCCGCUCGUCUUCUGGCUGUCGUCCUGCCUGCUGCUCAGCUGGCCCCUGCGGCUGCUCGUCGAGUACAACACCGCCUACGUGCACUACCAGGUGACGAAGCUGUUCGGUGUUAACUACGAGCCGCCAAGCAGCGCCACGCCCACGUCGGUGGCGCCCAGCGUGGGGCCGCUGCCGGCCAGCACGGCGACUGGCGGCGGGGCGAGCGGCGCGGGCGCGGGCGGCGGCGGAGGCGGUGGCGGGGCGCUGUCGCGAGGCUCCACCAUUGACAGCGCCGACCUCGACUGGACCAUCCGCGACAACUGCGCCGUCGUGCCCAGCUACUCGGAGGCGCUGCUCAUGCUGCCCCCGCAGCCGCCCGCGCCGCCCACGCCCGCGCCCGCGGAGCUGCAG